CGUUAAACCUAUUGGUGUACGGCAAGGUAGCCAAUGCGUUGAUCCUUAACCAAAUGUUCAAAAUGUUUGUAUCAAAUUUGAAUGGAACUUUCCCGCCGGACAACUUUACAGUACCCAACGGAAUGACGUUUGGUGAACUGAAAGAGUACGAAGGAAUUUUUGAUAUAACACGAGGAUACGCCGUUUGGUUCUGUCUGUUCGCUGUGUGUGUGUUUAUCUUUGGCUUUGUGUCAGUGAUGUGUUACAGCGCUACAGCAGAACACCAGAUCUAUACGAUUCGACAGCAGUUCUUCCAGUCAAUAAUGAGACAGGGAAUCAGCUGGUUUGACAUGCAUGACAGUGGGGAGUUGAGCUCCGUGUUCAAUCAGGAUAUUCAUUUGAUAUCAGAUGGUAUCGGCGACAAGUUUGCUACCAUGCUUCAGUGGUUUACUACGUUUGUAGCUGCUUAUAUUAUUGCGUUUCUGUCGGGUUGGAAACUUGCUCUGGCGACGGUUGGCUUCUAUCCAGUUAUCAUGGUAACUGGGGGAUCCUUAGUUAGGGUCAUGGGAAAUUUGGCCAAAGAAGAAUAUAAGUCGUAUUCUAGGGCAGGUUCCGUAGCAGAGGAGGCCAUAGGAAACAUAAAAACAGUGAUAGCCUUCAACGGACAAAGCAAAGAAUGCGCUAGGUACAAUAGUCGCCUAUCCCAUGCUAAGUCUAAUUAUGUCAGGAAAGGUGUCCUGGUAGGACUUAGUGACAGUGUGCUUUGGCUGUUAAUAUUUGGAGUACUCGCUGUUACAUUUUGGUACGGAGUCAAACUGGUACAGGAUCAGGAAAAUGGAUUUGAUCCAGGAAAUACGCUCACGAUAUUCUUUGUGGUGAUAUCUGGGUCCCUGUCCCUUGGAAAUGCCUUCCCCACUCUCGAGAUUCUGACUAAUGCCCGUGGUGCUGCACAGAGAGUCUACGAGGUCAUUGAACUUACUUCCGAGAUAGAUCCUGUCUCAACAGAAGGCAAGACACUGGAGAACUUCGAGGGUAACAUUGAAUUUACUGACGUCUUCUUUGACUACCCUGCCCGUCCAGAUACACCGGUACUGCAAGGCCUGAGUUUAAAGGUCAGCGUGGGUCAAACAGUGGCGUUGGUUGGAUCAAGUGGAUGUGGCAAAAGCACAGUGAUACAGCUGCUACAGAGGUUCUAUGACGCAGACUUUGGCGAGGUGUUGCUGGAUGGUCAUGCAAUUAGUACUUUAAAGGUGAACUGGUUGCGAAGACAAAUGGGCAUUGUUAGUCAGGAGCCAAUUCUUUUUGCCACCACAAUCGCUGAGAACAUCCGGUAUGGACGACUCGAGGUCACCAUGGAGGAAAUCAAGACAACUGCUCGGGAAGCCAAUGCUCACGAAUUUAUAUCUGAGUUUCCAGAGGGCUAUGAAACAUUAGUGGGAGAGAGAGGUGCCCAGAUGAGUGGAGGACAGAAGCAAAGAAUAGCCAUCGCUCGGGCCUUAGUCAGAAACCCCAAGAUUUUACUACUCGACGAGGCUACAUCAGCUCUAGACAACGAGAGCGAGGCUGUUGUACAGAAAGCGCUCGAGAAAGCUCAGGAGGGACGAACAACCAUUGUCAUUGCCCACCGCCUGUCAACCAUUCGUAAUGCAGAUAUUAUCUAUGGCAUAGAUAAGGGGCAAGUUAUGGAACAAGGCACACAUGAUGAGCUAAUGCAGGAGGAUGGGCUGUAUUGUCAUCUCGUUAAUCAACAGAGUCACCAUUCAGACGCAACUGAAGAAGUGGCUAAUGAGCUUAAGUGUGAACUGUUUGAUGGCAAUGAAGAAGAUGACACAUUCGUCGACGAGGUUCAUCCCCAUUCCAGCAACAUCCUCAUAUCACAACAAUACAAGAGGAGGGAGUCGAUUUUUAAUCAGAGGAAGCCGUCGAUGUUAGAUCAGGAUUUGACAUCAAUGUUAGAUCAGAGAAGGGUGUCGUUGUUAAAUCAGGGAAAUGUUGAUGAAAAGGAAGUGGAAACGAUUGAAAAUGAAGAAGAAGAUGGAGAAGAAGAUGUUUCUGAAGUCUCUCUAGGAAAAGUUCUUCGUAUGAACUCGCCAGAAUGGUAUCUACUUUUAGGUGCAUGUGUGUGUUCCACAUUGGUUGGAACGGCAAUGCCAGUUGCGGGCCUCGUUCUGGCAGAGUUUCUUAAAGUUUUCUCGAUACCCAAAGAGGAGCAAACAGACAAAGUUAACCUGUUGCUUGGCUUUGUCAUGGCCAUCGCCGUCGGCAAUGCUGUUCUAAAACUAAUUAUGAGCAUAUGUUACUCCAUAACUGGUUCAAGGUUAACUGCCCGGUUUAGGACGCUUGCAUUUAAAUCUAUAAUAUGGCAGGACAUUCCAUUUUUUGACGAUCCCAAGAACCGUGUGGGGGUUCUGACAACCAGACUGGCGCGAGACAGUGGCUUGGUACAGGGGGCUGCAGGCAACAAGCUUGGAGCAGUCAUGGAGUCUCUAGCAACUGUUACCGCCGCUCUGAUCAUUGCAUUCAUAUACAGCUGGAAGUUGACCCUCGUGAUCUUUGCAUUUAUGCCGUUAACGGUUUUGUCAGGUGUUAUGCAUGUUAAAAUGUUGAGAGGCUUUUCUAAGGGAAAUAAAACUGUCACUGAAGAAGCAGGUAAGCUUACAAGUGAGGCCAUCAAUAACAUACGCACAGUAGCCUCCCUUACCCGGGAACAGUCCUUUAUUGACAAAUAUAAUGACCUCUUGAACGUCUUUUACGCAAAUGGUAAAAAACGAAGUGUGCUCCAAGGGGUUAUGUAUGGUCUAUCACAAUCAAUGAUAUUCUUUGCCUAUGCUGCCACGUUUACGUACGGAGGUUACCUUGUACAGUACGAAAACCUGCCAUUUGAAAGUGUGUUUAAGGUCUUCACUGCUAUCGUUCUUGGUGGCAUUACUAUCGGACGACAGAGCUCCUAUGCACCAGAUUACAACAAAGGCAAACUGGCUGCAUCUCGCCUAUUCCAGUUGAUAGAGAUGAAAGCAACAAUAGACACAGCGAGUGAGGAGGGUAGCGUUAUGAGUGAGUUUCGAGGCAGUAUAUUACUUGAUGACGUUCAUUUCCACUACCCAACCAGACCGGAGGUUGAGGUACUGCGUGGGUUAUCCAUGAUUAUCCAGCCGGGGGAGACAGUGGCCAUUGUGGGCACGAGUGGUUGUGGUAAAUCUACUACGGUGCAGCUGCUGGAGAGGUUCUACGACCCGGAGGGAGGAUGCAUUCUGGCAGACGGUAACGACAUAAAAUCUCUGAAUCUGAAGUGGUUCCGCAAUCAGAUAGGCAUUGUUUCCCAGGAGCCCUGUCUGUUUGAUUGCAGUAUUGAAGAAAACAUAGCGUACGGAGACAACAGCAGGAUUGUACCGAUGGAUGAAAUUAUCUCAGCAGCACGAAAAGCCAACAUACACCAAUUUAUUUACAGCCUGCGAGAUGGUUAUGACACGAAUGUUGGAGAUAAGGGGACACAACUCAGCGGAGGGCAAAAACAAAGGGUGGCCAUAGCGAGGGCACUUAUACGCAACCCCAAAGUGUUGCUCCUAGACGAAGCUACCUCUGCACUCGACGCAGAAAGUGAAAAGGUCGUACAAGAGGCAUUGGACAAAGCACGCGCUGGUCGGACAUGCAUUGUCAUUGCGCAUCGUCUCUCCACAAUCCAAAACUCGGACCGCAUCGCCAUUCUUCAUAAAGGUGAGGUAGUAGAACUCGGCAGUCAUUCUGAACUCCUCGCCAAGAAAGGAAUUUAUUACAAACUCAGCCAGCAUAACAACAAAAAAGAUUUAUAAACAGAUGAAUGAAUGUACCAACCGUUGUGAACAAGUAUUGCGUCUACAUAGAACUACUUUCUAACAGGAAAGUUUGAUGGUUUUUUAUUGUUUACGUUGACACCUGAAUUAAUCAUGUUCCAGGUAUUUGUUUACACUAUAUUUUGUUAUUGUGACCAGGUACUUGUAUAUAU